AUGGAGAUAAUAAAAAGGUUAUUGCAAGUGCCUUCAUCAGCGAUGGUUCUUUUUGGCAUUGCUUUGUUAUUUGGUGCAGUUGAGAGCAGGGAGCUUGGAGACGAUACCUUCUUGACCUUUGCCCCUGAAUAUGUGGCCCUGGUUGGCCUGGGUAUCCUCUUUUUCGUUCUCUUCCUCAUCGUCAUCACCAUCCUCUGCAUGACUGGAACCAGGGACAUUGGAGACCAUCGACCUCCAAAAACCGGAUCUUUAACACUUUGUAAGAUAUUCAACUUGUCACUCUCCUGUUUAUUGAUUUGGUUUGUGUUUGUCGAUGGUUUUUUUGGUAAAAGUUGUGGAUAUUGUAACUUUACAUCUUUUAAACUUUCAAAAGACUUGUUUUAUGGAUCUUAUGAAAUAGGAAUCCACAACGCAAAAAUUUACGUUAACAACAACUGCGGCCACAGUACAAAUGCAAAUGAAUUAGAAAUGGAAAAUAUCUUUAGUAAUAUUUACUGA